CAACGAUUCAAGCAACAACUUCACGACCCCAGAUAUUAUGGCAAAUAUCGAUUCCCAUGUGGCAAGAGUCCUUGACGAAGGCAAUUCCGACGAUGAAGAUGCUCUGAUCGCUUCGCUCGAAGAUUCUCCUGCUCUCGAUGCGUUUAGAGAACAGAGAAUACAGCAGCUGCACUCGGAAUUCACUAGAGCGAAGUCGCAGAAGAACCAAGGCUUUGGAAAUUAUACGGAGAUCAAAGAGGAGAAGGCAUUGAUGGAUUUGACCACAGAAGUCAAAUAUGCAGUUGUACAUUUUGCAAAGGACGACUUUGCAAGAUGUGGAGUGAUGGACGGACAUUUAGAGAGUCUGGCACAGAAGCACUUCGACACUCGAUUUUUAAAGAUGAAUGUCGAGAAUGCGCCGUUCUUGGUUACCAAGUUGAAAGUCCAGGUUCUUCCUUGCGUACUGGCUUUUGUCGAUGGAAAGAGCGUCGACAGAAUUGUUGGCUUCGAAGGUCUAGGAUAUACACCAGAUACAUUCACGACGAAAGACUUAGAAGCCCGAUUGCUGAGUUCGGGUGUCAUACAAAGAGCUAAAGCUACAGAGGAUGCGGGCGGUGUGAAAUGGGGAGUGAAGAAGGCUAGGCAGGAGGAAGAGGACGAUGAUGAUUGGGAUUGAGGGAUUACUUGCACUGAGAGUAGUGAUGUAUUAUCACUACUUAUGAGCAAGAAGUGAUGUGCCAAAGACGAAGUCUUUCUUGGGAAAACGCAUUCUACUCCGAACUCGGACUUGGGCCAGGAAAUGCUAGAGUGGGAGGACAUCCUCAGCAUAUUCUAUGGUGAUUGACUUGCCUAUUACUUUGGGUUUAAGCAUUGUCUACCUCAGAGUGAAAAGGAACGAGAAACUCCUAUCACCAGGGAGUGGUAAGUCAAAUCAAGCCUGUCAGAGCCACUUUCAGGGACAUGAUAGAAGACUAUGUCUCUUAUAGACAUAAGCUGUUAGACGGAGCAAAUCUCAAAGAAGAAUUCCCUAU